AUGGGAAGAACUAAACCACCUCGUCUCGAUGGCGAAAGCGAAGACGAUUACUACAUGAGAUUAAUUCAAAAACUCGCAAACGAAAAGUUGGCGUUAUUCGCUCGUUACCAGAUGGAACAACAGCAAGAAGAAGAAGAACGUAAAGAAGUAGCAACAAACUUGCUGUCAUUAAAAAAGUCGAAAAAAAGUUCGUUGAAACGUAAACAGCGUGAUUUCGACGAAGAUGACGUCAUUGAUAUCAAGAUCAAGAACAAGAAAAAGAAGAAGGUAGGGGUUACGACGACGAAUAAGGCGGAGCAAAGGCCGGUGGUGGUAAAUAAAGUAACGGAGGGGGUAAAAGAGUUCAUCAAGAAUAAGAUGAAGGGUUCGGAUUUAAAGUUGUUGAUACAAAAAACGUUAUAUGCAAGUGAUUUAAAUCCUGGUCAGAAUAGACUAAACAUGCCAGCUAAUCAAUUAGAGACGAAUGCGAACGAUUUUUUGACAGCGGAUGAGAUGCGGAAACUUACAGACAAGGAUAAAAAAUCGGGCCUUGAAGUUGACAAGGAUAAAAAAUCGGGCGUUGAAGUUGGAAUUUUGGGUCCAAAUUUGAGAAUGUAUGACAGGAUGUUGGAGUUGAAGAUUUGGGAUAUGCCGUGCACGAAAAACUAUGUGUUGAUAAGCAAUUGGUACAACUUCGUGAAAGAACAUUACAAUUUUUUGAAGAAAGGUACAUUGAUUCAAGUGUGGGCGUUUCGUUUAAACGAGCAGUUGUGUUUGGCACUUGUGUGUCCUGAUCAUGAGGAUGAUAAUGUUGCGUUUGAGGAGAAUUUACAUGAUGGUGAAAACGACGACGUCGCUGUUGCUGCUAGUGCUAGUGAAGUUUAG